AUGGCCGGCGCCACUCGAAGAACAUCUACACCCUCGAAACCCUCCUCCGGCGCAAGGCCGCAGUCCUCAAAGAAACAAACGAACACCCUCCUCAACUUCUUCCAGAAAGCAGACGGCCCGCCGAAGUCAACCUCGCGACAGGCACGUAUCACACAGUUUACUUCUCAAGGAGAGCGGCCGAAUUCACGCGUUACAGCGCCGAGACCGCGUGUGCUGAGGAGGGAGGCUAGUUCGGCGAAUGGGAGUGACGAGGGGUUGUUUCUGGGGUCGAAGGGUGGGCAGGUGGCUAGUUCGGAGAGGGAGCGGUCGAGAUCGAGGUCUCGCUCGCCAGAUGACAUUUGGGAUGAGGGGAUGGGAGCUACAGAGUCUACGAGCACGGGGGAGGAGAGGUUUAAUGAGACGGGAUCUGCGGUGAAGCGGCAGAAGGUCGAGUCUCUCGGAGCUAAAGGUGAUACGGAAGGAAAGAGGGAGGCGGCGAAAGCGAAGAAAGUCAGCGGUCCGUUUAUCGAUGAGUCCGAUAGUGAGGAUGAGGGAUUGGACGCAUUUAAGGAUCCUGGAUACGGGGAGGGACACAUUAUGUCGAACCCAACGAUAACAGAAACCGAUUCGAAGGAAACAGCAAACAGAUCACCUUCAAGCGAAGAGGAAACGGCAAGGAAACGAGCUUUCGCCGCCGACGUGCCACCGCUGGUAAGAGAAGCCACGAGCCAUAUGCAAGAUGAUGAUUAUCCGGAUUUUGACGAAAUAGACGGGGACGAAGAGGGGGAUCUCUUAGAUAUUGCAGACGAAGAAGCGAUGAGGAAACACGAGGCUUUCGGGCUCGACACAAGUGCGGAUAUUGAUGAUUCCACCGACGACACUCCAGCUUGUCCGGUUUGUCAAGGCAGUUUGAAAGGGUUCGAUGAGGGGGCGAUUUCCGCACAUGUCAAUGACUGCCUGGAUGGGAAACCUAGCACAAUAUCACCAAAGACACCGUCGAGCGGUACUACCCCCGAGCAAGCUCUUACACAAGCGGAGCGUGCCGCCGUACCGAGACCAGCGCAGGCCGAUCCGUUCAGGCCCAAUACAUCUCACCCUUCAAGCGCAUUCUCUAAGAUCCUGGCAGGAAACGCUGAAGACACUGCGUGGGCGGAGGCUGCAGCAAGCGAUGCCGCCUCUCGGGGUAAGCAGGCUUAUCAGAGAACAUGUCCUUUUUACAAGAUUAUUACGGGCUUUUCAAUAUCGGUCGACGCAUUCCGGUACGGAGCUGUUCAAGGGUGCAACGCGUACUUCUUGAGUCACUUCCACAGCGAUCACUACAUUGGACUGUCCAAGUCAUGGCGCCACGGCCCGAUCUACUGUAGCAAAGCCACGGCUAAUCUCGUGCGUCAACAGCUCAAGGUUGAUCCGAGGUGGCUUGUUGACCUAGAGUUUGAGAAGAAGACCGAGGUGCCAGACACGGGGGGCGUACAGGUGACAAUGAUGGAGGCUAAUCAUUGCCCUGGAAGUUCCAUCUUCCUCUUCGAGAAAGUGAGUUCCGGGCCUUCUGGUCGGAUCCACAGAGUCCUGCACUGCGGCGACUUUCGAGCCUCACCCCAACAUGUACGACAUCCUCUCCUACGGCCUGAUGUUGUCGAUCCAAAAACAGGCAAGAGCUGGCAGCAGCGGAUCGAUGCUUGCUACCUUGACACGACAUAUCUCAGUCCGAAAUAUGCAUUUCCAAGGCAGUCGGAUGUCGUAAGUGCAUGUGCAGAACUUUGCGUACGUAUCGACCAAGGUCAGUACGACAGUCUCGGUUAUAUGCCUUUUCAGACAGGCAGUACAAAAGCCGUAUCGAAGAACCCGAUCAGCAAGUUUCUCUCAUCUGCGACUGACGCUCUGAAGUCAUCCACUCAGCCCGGACCGAAAGGUCGGCUCCUCGUGGUUAUUGGGACGUACAGUAUCGGCAAAGAGCGCAUAUGUCUGGCCAUAGCACGAGCGCUGAAGAGUAAAAUCUUCGCAACGGCAGCAAAACAGCGCGUGUGCGCCUGCCUAGAGGAUCCCGAACUCUCCUCAUUGCUGACAGAAGACCCGCUGGAGGCCCAGGUGCACAUGCAAACACUGUUUGAAAUCCGCGCGGAGACUCUGGCGGACUACCUUGACUCGAUGAAGCCUCACUUUACCCGGGUAGUCGGCUUCCGCCCAACCGGGUGGACGUACCGACCGCCUGCUGGGAGGACUCUGGAGAACCCGCCGGUGGCGACCGUGCUCCACUCUGCACACUGGCAGACUCCGUUCUCGGUGCGCGACCUGACGCCGCAGCGUGGGAGCACGCGGGAGAGUGCCUGUUUCGGAGUGCCGUACAGCGAGCACAGCUCCUUUCGCGAGCUGACCAUGUUUUGCUGUGCAUUGCGGAUCGGCAGGGUCAUCCCGACGGUCAAUGUUGGCAGUGCGAAAAGCCGUGAGCGUAUGAAGGGCUGGUUUGACAAGUGGGAAGCGGAGAAGCGGAAAAGCGGCCUGUACAAAGUAGAGGGAGACGAUUGGUAG